GCGUUGGAGAUGUCAAGUUGAUGUAGCGGCCAUGAAUUAGAUACUGCAAGCCCCAAAAUAAGAUGCAAAGUCGCAGGAUUCAGGACAGGACUGAAGGUUUGUGAAAAAUCUUGUCCGACAAUUUGCUGGAAACCCCGGGCAACUAGCUUGGUUUAUAUCGCUCAAUGGAGCCGUCUGGAUUGGUUUUGAUAGCAAAAACCCACCGAUUUGUAAGAACAAUGCAGCCAGGAGGAGCAGGGACAAGCUCCCAAGUAUGAUUCCGCAUGAGGGCAUCGAAUUCAACAGUCAUCGCCGAUCGCCACUGCGGGGCUUCAUCGCCUGGGAAACCGUGGAAGGCAGUGUGGGAGUAGUGGCGGCGAGAAGGUGACAGGGCUUCAAGUGGCCAGUCUGGGACCGUGUCACAAUCCGUCGAGGAGAAGCAGCAGCAGGGGAGGUGAGGUUGGGUGAGGGAAGAAGGCGUGGGGAUGUUAUGAAGCCUGGUCGAUCGGGGAUGGGAGAAGGAGGAGGAAGAGGGGUGAGAGCAGGUCGAUUUGGAGAAAUGGAGGGAGCUGGGAGUCUACGCUGGUACUGGAGAAGAGGGCGAGUAGGUUUAGGUGGGAUGAGAGAGCGGGCAGCUGGUGAGGAUGAGGAGCGUCGGGGCUGGGUCGGUGGAGGAUUGAUGGGGACGAGCAGAUUCGGGGAGGUGGGCCGAGGGAGGGAGGUUGGCUGGGUUGUUGGAGGAUUUGGUUGGGUUAAAGAAACUGGGGAGGUGGGGUGGGUUGUGGGAGGAUUUGGUUGGGUUAAAGAAACGGGGGAGGUGGGACGAGAGGGAGAGGUAGUGGGCUGCAGGUUGUGUGGGGAUGAGUCGGAGGGUGGAGGCAGGCCCAAAGAGGGAGUGGGCAAGUUGGGUUGUGGUGAUGGGAUUAGGGGAAGUAUAGGAACAGUGGGUAGGGAAAUAGGAGGUGAUAAAUGGAAGAGUGAUGGAUCAGGGGAGUCGGGGAAGGGUAAAGUAGGAUCCGUAUAUGGAAAUUUGGACUCAUAAAAAAUAACAUGACGACUCACAUAAAUACGAGAGGUCGUAGGAUCGAGGCACCGAUAACCUUUAUGCAACUUACUGUAGCCAAGAAAAACACAUGGAAUUGACCGCGGCUCAAGUUUGUGUGAUGUGUAAGGGCGUAACCAUGGGUAACACAAACAGCCAAAAAUUCGAAGGUUAAGAAUAUCAGGAGAGCGUUGAAAAAAAGAUUGGAAAGGAGAGGCGUUUUAAAGAAGAGGAGUGGGAGUGCGAUUGAUGAGAUAACACACAGUAUCAAACGCGAGAGGGCAGUAUUUGAGGGGGACACGAGCUUGGUGGAGCAUAGCAAGGCCAUUGUUAACAAUAUGGCGGUGUUUGCGUUCGGCACACCCAUUCUGUUCAGGAGUGUAAAGACAAGACGAACGAUGAAUAAUGCCAUUACUCGCAA